CCACGUGACUCUUCUCUCUGCAGGCACGCGGGCUUCUCUCCGCCAGUGCGUUGAUUGUUGCGGUUCCUCGUCACCCGAAGAAAGUUGUUCGGCUCGUGGUGAAUUUGCGUAGUUCUGUUUUAGUAUUAAGAAAUAAAUCAACUAUGGCAGACUCACAAGAGGACAAGCUGUACAGGGUGGAAUACGCCAAAAGUGGCCGCGCGUCGUGCAAAAAAUGCAAAGAAAACAUAGCUAAAGACUCGCUGAGGAUGGCUAUCAUGGUGCAGUCUCCCAUGUUUGAUGGGAAGGUCCCCCACUGGCACCACUUCUCCUGCUUCUGGCAGCGAGCAUCAGCUCAGUCCACCGCUGAUAUCGCUGGGUUUUCUGAUCUCCGCUGGGAUGACCAACAGAAGGUGAAAAAGGCCAUUGAAAGCGGUGGCGCCGCAGGAGGGAAAGGUGACCAGAAGGGUGGCGCUAAAGGCGAGAAGACGCUGAAUGACUUUGCUGUGGAAUAUGCCAAGUCAAACCGCAGCACAUGCAAAGGCUGUGAGCAGAAAAUAGAAAAGGAUCAGAUUCGUGUGUCCAAGAAAACUGUGGACCCCGAGAAGCCACAGCUGGGUCUUAUUGACCGCUGGUACCACACGGCGUGUUUCGUGAGCCGCAGGGAGGAGCUGGUUUUCAAGCCCGAGUACAGCGCCGCUCAGCUGAAGGGAUUCAAUGCACUGCGGGCAGAGGACAAAGAAGAGCUCAAGAAGAGGCUCCCUGCUGUCAAAUCUGAGGGGAAGCGGAAAACUGAUGAUGUUGAUGGAGCGUCAAAGAAACAGAAGACAGAAGAAGACGACAAGAAGAAAAAGCUAGAAGAACAGUUAAAGAAUCAAAGUCAGCUUAUUUGGGGAAUUAAGGACAAGCUGCGAAAAUAUUGUUCAGCCAAUGAUAUGAAGGAACUGCUGAUUGCAAAUGGCCAGGAAGUUCCCUCUGGAGAGACCAAUCUGGUUGACAGCCUGGCCGAUGGUAUGGCCUUUGGUGCUCUCGAGGCCUGUAAGGAGUGCCAGGGCCAGCUGGUGUUUAAGGGUGACGCCUAUUACUGCACAGGAAACAUUUCUGCCUGGACAAAGUGUGUGUUCAAAACCACAACACCCCUACGCAAAGACUGGGUCAUUCCCAAGGAAUUCCACGAAGUUUCUUUUCUGAAAAAAUUCAAAUUCAAGCGGCAGGACAGGGUUUACCCCAAAGAGGCUCCCACGAAAACCCUGGCAGCGGCCAAAUCAGAACCACUACCGAGUGCAUCCAGCGCUCCGACCGAGACCCUGCCACAGGGAGCACCUUCAGACAAGCCUCUUACUGGCAUGAAGCUGCUGACUGUGGGCAAGCUGACUAAGAACAAGGAUGAUCUGAAAACUGCUGUGGAAGAGCUUGGUGGAAAGAUUACCGGCACAGUCAACAAGGCCUCUUUGUGUAUAAGCACCAAGAAGGAGGUGGAGAAGAUGAGUAAGAAGAUGGAGGAAGUAAGGGACGCUGGCGUGCGUGUGGUCUCUGAGGAUUUCCUCACUGACAUCAAGUCAUCGGGCAAAGCCCUCCAGGAGCUGGUCUCCCUGCACGCCAUCUCCCCCUGGGGGGCAGAGGUUAAAGUCGAAGCUCAGGCUCCAUCUGUGGCCUCCAAGUCUGGAACACAGGCUACUAAGAGCACAGGGAGGGUGAAAGAGGAGGAAGGUGGUAGCAAAUCCAAGAAGAUGAAACUCACAGUUAAAGGUGGAGCUGCUGUGGAUCCAGACUCAGGGCUGGAGAACAGUGCCCAUGUCUUGGAGCAGAAUGGGAAGAUGUACAGUGCUACACUCGGUCUUGUGGAUAUUAUCAGAGGAACUAACUCUUACUAUAAACUGCAGCUGCUUGAGGAUGAUGUACAGAAACGGUACUGGGUGUUCAGGUCAUGGGGCAGAGUGGGUACCACUAUCGGAGGAAACAAGUUGGACAAAUUCCAUGACAAGAACUCUGCUGUGGAUAAUUUCCUGGGUGUGUACAAGGAGAAGACUGGCAAUGAUUGGGGCUCGUCCAACUUCACCAAAUAUCCCAAUAAGUUCUACCCGCUGGAGAUUGACUACGGACAGGAUGAGGAGGCAGUGAAGAGGCUGACAGCCACGGCUGGCACCAAGUCAAAGCUGGCCAAACCUGUCCAGGAGCUAAUCAAGAUGAUCUUUGAUGUAGAAAGCAUGAAGAAGGCCAUGGUCGAGUUUGAGAUUGACCUCCAGAAGAUGCCACUUGGUAAGCUGAGCAAGAGGCAAAUCCAGAGUGCCUAUGCUCUCCUCACUGAAGUACAGCAGGCUGUGUCAGAGUGUGUGUCUGAGGCGCAGAUACUGGAUCUCUCCAAUCGCUUUUAUACUCUAAUACCUCAUGACUUUGGCAUGAAGAAGCCUCCACUGCUCAACAACCUGGACUACAUUCAAGCUAAAGUUCAGAUGUUGGACAACCUGUUGGAUAUUGAAGUGGCUUACAGCUUACUGAGAGGAGGAGCCCAGGACAAUGAGAAAGACCCCAUCGACAUAAACUAUGAGAACCUCAAGACAAAGAUUGAGGUUGUUGACAAGACCACAAGUGAAGCUGAGAUCAUCUUGCAAUACGUUAAGAACACCCACGCUGCUACACACAACACGUACACACUGGAAGUACAAGAGAUAUUUAAAAUUGUCAGAGAGGGAGAGCACCAGCGAUAUCGUCCAUUCGAGGAGCUUCACAAUCGCCAGCUAUUGUGGCACGGCUCUCGCACCACCAACUACGCCGGUAUUCUGUCUCAGGGUCUCCGCAUUGCCCCUCCAGAGGCCCCAGUGACUGGUUACAUGUUUGGCAAAGGUGUGUACUUUGCUGACAUGGUGUCCAAGAGUGCAAACUACUGCCACACCUCCCAGUCAGAUCCUGUAGGCCUCAUUCUGCUCGGCGAGGUUGCUCUAGGAAACAUGCAUGAACUGAAGAAGGCUUCUCAUAUUACAAAAUUACCUAAGGGCAAGCACAGUGUUAAAGGUUUGGGUAGAACUGCUCCCGAUCCAAAUGCCACUGUCACUUUAAAUGGAGUGCAAGUGCCUCUGGGAAAAGGAGUCCACACUAAUAUUGAUGACACAAGUCUGCUGUACAACGAGUACAUCGUGUAUGAUGUAGCACAGGUAAAUCUGAAGUAUCUUCUGAAGAUCAAGUUUAACUACCAGACAUCCCUGUGGUGAGAGGGGCUGCGUACGAACCUUCUUCAUAGAGAAAGGAAAAAAAAAACCACUGUUGCCUCCAAAAUGCUUGGGCUUCAUUCUCUGCAACCGAAGAUGUUUAAAAAAAGGAGUGAUACUAAACCGUCCUUCAUGGUGGAUCCUUGGAAAUCUCUUGUCACUUUAUUGUGUUUUCGCCAGGUUUAUUAAGUGGCAGACUUCCUUUGUAAUACAUUAGGUACCUAAAUACUGGCUUCUUCACAUUGCAUACAUCAGUACAUGGAGAGGUCUGGCGAUAACUUCAGAAAGUGUUGGUAAUCUGUCACUGGAGAAGGAUCUUAUUUUCCUGUAGUUCAUAAGGUAUAGUCCUGCAAGUUUAGGAGUGUUCAAGAGCCAGUCUGCAAACGUACACAAACCAAUAGUUUGCUGUGAAUCCACAUUAAAGUGAAGACUAAGAUACUGUAAGCAUUUUGACAUGUAUAUACUUGUUUUGUUCGCAUCUCUAGCUGUCUUCCUCACUAAAAAGUAAAAAAAUGUGAUGCAAGGCGCUCUGUAAAAGAUUAAAACAGCCAUACUAAGUGUUUACGUUUUUUUUAAUGUCUUUUCCUUGCUUCUCUCAAACCCAAAUAAAACGUUAGACAUGAA